CCGGGGGUGAGGUACCUACCCCUGUACGAGCACAGCGAUAGCGGCAGGGAUCAGACAUGGUUGCUCUAUGGUACCACUGCUUGCCCCCAUGCCACUUUGCGUUGCAUUCACUGGACGAUGUGGCGUAUUUCAUGGCACUUGCAUCUGGAGCUCUCUCUUUUUCCCUUGGGAGCUUGACUUGGGUUCCGCCGAGGAGUAUGAUGGGAUUCCUCUUCCGGCAACCCUUCUCUCAGGUGUUAUUAUGUGAUGGCUGGGAAACCCAGGCCAUGCUGCACUGGUGACGGCGCGGCUCAUCUCGCCGCUUGCUGAUAUGUAUUUGGCAAGCUGCUGCCCUCCACUGCUACCUAGCUGCAGGUCAGUCUCUUCUUGUUCUUUGCCAGCCCCUUUCUCCAAGGGCGGAAGCAGUCGGUCUUUUACAGCAAGCUUGGCCGGGCCUGGAUUGGCGUUUCCGUAGUCGCACAGCAGUUUGUGGGCACUCGAAAAGCCGUUAGACCUACUGUCUACGAGCAACCACUACGGCAUAGUAACUACACAACUCACAACUUGGGUGCCAGCUACCUACUCUUCACUAUAGUUGUAGGCGUCUGUAACCCGUACCUGCUGCACGCAAGUCAGUUCAGGCUUGACACGCGUGAAUCGCUGGAGAAGCUCAAGUGAUAUCUACAGGGUCAAGAUUGCCUCCUAUAACGCGAAAACAUGGUCCUAGCAUGGCAGUCAUGGGCUACUGCAGCCCUGGCGCUCAGUCGAUUCGUUUCUGGCGCCGAGGGGCAGUCCCUCCAAAGUCGCAAUGUGACGUCUGAGAUCGAGGCAGGAAUAUUACUUCACUGCAAGCACAAAGAAGGCUACCUCUGCUUCGAUCAUUGCUUUGAAGGCGGCCAGGGAAGCUGUGCUGCAUACUUUGAGAGCAAGGAGGUGCCGUCCAAGACCAUAAUAUCGACUGUAACGUCUUUGUUCACAGAUACGGCAACUGUAACUAAGACGUCGACUACAACUGAGACCUUGAUUGCAACUGCGAUUUCAACUGUAACGAAAACUUCAACUGUUCAAUCGAUUGUUUUGGUCACAGACACUGUCACUGCAUCUUUCACAGCAACAAAGACGGCAACAGAGACUGCAACCGCCACGGAGACAGCGCGACAAACCACACGGCUGACCACGACAGCAACCACAACGAGCCUGUCAACUGUGCUAACAACGUUCCCGCCCAUGACGGUUACCAUGACUCUCUCGGGGUCAACAGUUUUCAGCACCAUUUCAGCAAGCACUAUGACACGCGUUGAGACUGUAGAGAUAAUCCAAACCAUCACUCUAGCUCCAGAGACAAUCAUCCUGGCCACAACAACACCUUCGCCAGUAUCUGCCUGCCCGGCACCUACAGCAGCAGCUCUCGCGGCCCCUCGAUCUAGAAAUUCCACUCUGAAGUGGGGAUGUGAGCCCGGCUACGUCUGCAGUCCUCCCAAGCCAGACGGCUGCAACGCUUGGGGCAGUUGUCCUCCAAAGGAGUACGUUUGCGAGCCACAGUAUUGCCUGCCUGCUCCGCGGCCUCAGCUAGCCCCUGAGACAAGCGACAACGAGACCGGCUGGAUGCCUCCCAAUCCCUCUUACUUCAAUUUGGAUCCCACAAAGUUUGGACUCACGGGCUCCAUCUUUGAGAAGUACGAGGUAAUCCAGGUGGUUGAAGGACAGACAACAACAGUGACCACCGGCGACUGGACUCCCCAUGCCUCCGUGGCCCAAGCCACAGCCGCUCCAGGCAGCCCAGCCUUGCAUACGUACAAAACCAGGAAGCGCGAGGACAAGCUCAUUGGCCCACGCAAGAUCUUGUCUUGGAAGAACCUGAGGAAUGUCAUGAAGCGUGCAAAGAGAUUUUAUCGGCGGCAGAACGGGGCGCGCCUCCCCGAAAGAAUGGCCCUCUGUUUCCAGCCAUGCAACACGGCUUUCCUUGAAGCCCAAGACAUAGGUUUGCGUCCACGACUUUGCGUGGAAGGCUCCUCGUACCAGAACAGCGUGAAUGGCUGCUGGGAAUGCCUUGACCUGUGGAGGAAUGAAACACAGACGGGUAGCGUCAGGGAAUACGUUGGAGACCAGUUCGAAGAAUAUCUCGCGUACUGCGAUGUCAACGACGGCACAACCCCGCCAUCGGGUCCGCAGAGUAUCGUAUCAACAGAACCAGGUCUCACAUCGGCUUCUCAAGGCGGAGCUAUCACGAGCGGAGCGCCCAUUCCGAUCAGUUCAACCUCGACCUCGACUUCAGGCUCGGCUUCAGACUCUUCUUCGGCCUCGUCUUCGGCCUCGUCUUCAUCCUCGACUUCAGCCACUACUACGCCGCCAACGACUAGCCCUGGCCCGACAUCAACGGGCUCCGGUCCACCGUCGACCACGGCAACACCUCGGACCACACCAUCCGUUCCGGUGGUGUCUACCACGUCAUCGCCACCGACUGUACCGACUGCUGGGGCAGUCUUCUUGAGGAGCAAUCCAGUCACUGCCCUUUUGUUGACGCUGCUUGUAGUCAUGAUUGGUCAAACUUGAGCCUGCCAGUGUAUUCACUCUGUUUGAGCUUGAGGUAUUUUGUUUUCUUAGUCCUUCCCUCUGCUCUACUAAUAUGUAAUCCGGUCUUAAUAAUUUUAAACCUGAAACAAGGUUGAGAUAUGAGCAUGUCUCAGCCCUAUGGGUCGUAUUUUCUUUCUCUAUUCCCGAUAUACUUACUCUCUUGGGCUAUAUCCCAGUACGAAUACAUUCCUUCAUAGGUUAUAGAAGCAGCCGUUGGAUCUUGGAGUUUGACUUCAGGAAGGACUGAAAUUGGACAAGUUUGAUCCAAGUUAUAGCAAAUGGUUUGGGAGGACGAUACCCUAUUUCUCAUCACUCUUUAAAUGCUUCAUGGCGGGACAGCCUGUUCCUAUCGCGAUGAGCCCCCGUUGUUCAUAUAUAUAUAUACCAACUUCAGUAUUGCAAAGGCAAACUGGUUUAACGAUAGAUGACCAUUCGAUAACCAAACACUUUAUUAUAAUUGUUGCCUGCUCAACGCGACGCCAUUUAGUGGUCUGUCUUUGCUAGCACGUUAAAUCAGAAAGGAAAUUAUGCUCCUUAUCCAAGAUGACUUGGCCGGUACUUAUAUCCUUUCGAAAUGCUCGGCAAUAUCCACGCACCACACCGUUCACCCCUUUUUCCUAUCUUCAUCGCUUCAUGUCAACAACAUAUCCGCUAGCUGUUUAGCCCCAUGGCAGGCUCUCAACCGAGACAGAGUUAGGUUUUCAGGCGGGUCUUCAAACCUGCCGAUAUCAACUUCCUUGUAGUCGAUCACUUCUGCUGACAUCACAUGUCUCCUUGUCAUGUUUUGCCAGCGACGGAAGUGACAUUCCCGCAAUGACAAGUUUAUAUGCCUGGAGGGGAAACCCAGGUCUCAAGCAGAUAGUCCGUAUAUAUUCAUUGGCGCCUAGAGACUAGAUAUUCACCAUAAGAGUUGGGUCCCAAGGAAGACCGUCCCGAGGUGGCCUGAGGGUGCUGUCACGGCAUACCAUCAAAUAAGGUCGAUCGUAAGGGCAAUACGUGAACCCACAAGAGCCAGAUCCCGAACACGUCGCUAUCUUGUUGAAGAUGGUAACCCGGAAAUUUCAUAUAUGCCACGUGCCGUAGUCAAGGUCCACGGAUAAAAUGGAGAUUAUCACAUGGAUCACCAGAAUGAAGACAAGCCCGCAUAGAAAUGAGAGAGUAAUGAACUGUCUAUGACCAAGAGAAAAGAGACAUGGAAAUACGCUACCGGACGGGGCUGUUUAAAUAUAUAAUGCGAAGGGUAGAGAAAGAAGAAGAGCCAAUAAGGAACACAUGAACGGUCCGAUACUAAAGAAGAAAAGAAAAAGAAAAAAAAAAAAAAAAAAACAGUAAAUGUUAGUAGCAGUUCAGGUAGACUCAAUAUAGAAACGGUCCC